UAUGUGUAGUAUUACAUGUGUUAUAUGUGUGAUUAUUAUAUUAUUAUGUUUAUUAUGUUAAUGAUUACAAUAUUAUCUUUAUUAUAUAUAAAUAUAAUGGUGUAUUAUAUUUAUGAUGAUUAUAUUUAUUGUUUAUUAUAUUAUUGUAAUAUGUGUACUAUUACAUGUAUUAUAUGUGUGAUUAUUAUAUUUAUUAUUAAGCAUAUUAUGUGUACUACAUGUGGUCUUUGUUGCUGCAGCAUGGCCCUCCGUGCAUGGCCUUCCUUCCUUUGGGCUCCAGAAUUAUGUGAAUGAUUUUUAUAUAUAUAUAUAUAUAUGUGUGUGUGUGUGUGUGUGUGUGUGUGUUGAUUAUAUUUAUGAUUAUUAUAUUUAUUUUUUAUUAUAAUAUUUGUACUAUUACAUGUGUUUAAUGUGUGGUUAUUAUAUUUAUUAUUAAGCAUAUUAUGUGUAUUACGUGUGUGAUUAUGCUAUUUAUAUAUAUAUAUGUGUGUGUGUGUGUGUGUGUGUGUGUGUUGAUUAUAUUUAUGAUUAUUAUAUUUAUUGUUUAUUAUAAUAUUUGUACUAUUACAUGUGUUUUAUGUGUGAUUAUUAUAUUUAUUAUUAAGCAUAUUAUGUGUACUACAUGUGGUCUUUGUUGCUGCAGCGUGGCCCUCCGUGCAUGGCCUUCCUUCCUUUGGGCUCCAUGAUUAUGUGAAUGAUUUAUAUAUAUAUAUAUAUAUGUGUGUGUGUGUGUGUGUGUUGAUUAUAUUUAUGAUGAUUAUAUUUAUUGUUUAUUAUAAUAUUUGUACUAUUACAUGUGUUUUAUGUGUGGUUAUUAUAGUUAUUAUUAAGCAUAUGAUGUGUAUUACGUGUGUGAUUAUGCCAUUUCUGAUUCUGGAUGAGGCCUGGGAUGGCCUUGGCCUUUGUUGCUGCAGCAUUGGCCCUCCAUCCACGGCUCCCCUUGGCCUUGGCCCCUCCCUCCCUUCUUUCCAGGUGAGGCAGGUGGGCGGGGCCUCUCUUUACCUGUUUGUCGGGUUCGGCCCCACCUGUUGACUCACCUUUCACCUUGGCUGGGAGGGCGGGAGGGAGCCCUACCUGCCUCCAGGUGAGAGCCAGGCUCCUUCCUUCCUUCCUUCCUUCUUUCCUUCCGUCUUCCUUUCUUCCUUUCCUCGCUCUCGGUGCCAAGAAGGCAGGUGAGCCUCCCAGGUGAAGGAUGGCUGCCUCUGAGGACGACUACAACUUUGUCUUCAAAGGUGAGUGCUUUCCAAUGGGAUUCCAUGCCGGGCAGGACACUGGGGUUGGACUGGAUGGCCUUUGGGAUUCCAUGAGACGCUGGACGGGCAUCUGUCGGGAGGGAUCCGUUGGUGUCCUUCCUUCCACAAAUGCCCCUUUCCACAUGAACUAGGUCAGAUCUUGGUACGGAUAAGGAAUAAUCAUUAUUACAAUUAUUAAUAUUAUUAUUUGUUAUUUUAUUUAUUAUGAUAUGUGUAUUAUUGUAUUACUGUAUAUACUCGAGUAUAAGCCCUUUUUUAAGCCUGGCUUAUACUCGGCUUGCCUUGGCUUAUACUCGGGUGAGGGUCCUGGUUGGCUUAUAUUUGGGUCAGCUUAUACUCGAGAAUAUACGGUACAUUUAUUAUUUUUCUCUAUUAUUAUUGGUAUUAUUACAUUUAUUAUUUUUCUCUAUUACUAUUGGUAUUAUUACAUUUAUUAUUUUUCUCUAUUAUUAUUUGUGUUAUUACAUUUAUUAUUUUUCUCUAUUAUUAUUGGUAUUAUUACAUUUAUUAUUUUUCUCUAUUACUAUUGGUAUUAUUACAUUUAUUAUUUUUCUCUAUUACUAUUGGUAUUAUUACAUUUAUUAUUUUUCUCUAUUAUUAUUUGUAUUAUUACAUUUAUUAUUUUUCUCUUACUAUUAUUGGUAUUAUUAAAGUUAUUAUUUUUCUCUAUUAUUAUUGGUAUUAUUACGUUUAUUAUUUUUCUCUAUUACUAUUGGUAUUAUUACGUUUAUUAAUGUAUUUUAUUGUGUGUAUUAUUAUUACUGUAUUAUAUUUCUAUUAUGUUUCUUAUGUGAAUUAUUAUAAUUAUGUAUGUUGUUCUGUGUAUUAUUACUGUAUUAUAUUUCUAUUACAUUUAUUAUUUGAAUUAUAAUAAUUAUUGUAUUAUUAUUAUUACUGUAUUAUAUUUCUAUUAUGUUAAUUAUCAUGUGAAUUAUUAUAAUUAUUAUGUCUGUUAUUGUGUGUAUUAUUAUUAUUAUAUUUCCAUCCGUGGGUGUGCUGCAGUGGUGCUGAUUGGCGAGUCCGGCGUGGGCAAGACGAACCUGUUGUCGCGCUUCACGCGCAACGAGUUCAGCCACGACAGCCGCACCACCAUCGGCGUGGAGUUCUCCACCCGGACCCUCCUCAUCGACCGCGCCCUGGUCAAGGCCCAGGUCUGGGACACCGCCGGGCUCGAGCGAUACCGCGCCAUCACCUCCGCAUACUACCGCGGUGCCGUGGGAGCGCUGCUGGUCUACGACAUCUCCCGGCACCAGAGCUACGAGGUGGUGGAGCGCUGGCUGAAGGAGCUCUACGACCACGCCGAGGCCACCAUCGUGGUCAUGCUGGUGGGAAACAAGGCCGACCUGGCACACAGCCGAGAGGUGCCCACCCAGGAGGCCCGGAUGUACGCAGAAAACAACGGCCUGCUUUUCCUGGAGACCUCCGCCCUGGACUCCACCAACGUUGAACUGGCCUUCGAAACCAUCCUCAGAGACAUUUUCAACAAGGUGCGGAAGCAGAAGCAGAAGAGCCCCUUGGAGGAGGCCGUCCAGCUUUCGGCCGAAAACCCCAGCACCACGGCUUCCGGACCACCAUCCGAACCGGGAAAGCGGGCCUGUUGCGUCAACCUAUGAAUCUCAAACAGGAGGGAAGAAGAAGGACGGACCCAGUGGAAGCCAUUGGCGGCAAAGACCCGGCAACCAUUGCUCUCCACCCGUUUGCUUCUUCGAGUUAAAGAAUCCAAAUCGGGCGAAAGACCUGGUCCGGAUGGAACACAUACGACUCCUUAUCCGCUCUAGUUAAUCAGUAACGAAAUGGCGUCUCGGCUGGGAUUCCAUCCUGCGCUGCUGUUGUUGCCGUUCCAUCUCACUCGGCCUAUUCUUGGGAUUUUAAAGUGGGAUCAAAGUGGUAUAUUAAAAUGCAGUGUGGACUGACACCUUUAGUCUUGACUCAAGGCGACGUAGUACAUUUUAUAAUUCUCUCUCUCUCUCUCUCUCUAAAUAUAUAUAUAUAUCUGUAUAAAAUACUAAUCAACCUGUUUUGUAAAUGCAUGGCUCUGGAUCCAA